AUGAGUCCCCCACUUCACGAACACACAGUCAAUUAUGACCUAGGCGCCAUCGGCGAUGACUUCGAGGACACGCCUGUUGUCCAGCUUCAGUAUGAUGGCAGCAAGACAAGCGCUCUAGCGCUAUGGGGUCACGUACCAUCGAACACAGAUCCUUCAUCGUACGUGUGCGUCGCCCUCGAUGUCUCUCAUGGAGCCACAAUCCGGGAGUACCGCAUCUACUCCCACUCGUCCAUACUUGCUCAGCGCAAGGCGGUAUAUCCGCAGCCCAUCCAUAUAGCGUGGCAUAGCUUCAUUGAGUCUGUGAGCCGCCUUAUAAGAAGAGACGGGAACCGGGCCCUUCAAGACGCAAAGGGGUCCAUACAACAGAUGAAACUCACCAAUGGCCGGUUCCGCAAUCCAUACAAGGACCAAGGUCUCGCCAUAUCGAACGUAGAGCAAUGCAUCAUCGAUACUCUGGUCGGAUGCGGGCACUCUCAUGAUGAGCAAGCGACGCCUACGAUAGACAAGGGAUGGACGUUGAGGAUUGAGCGUAAAGUGGCUGUCGAGAUCAGUGCAAGCACAACGCCUGCACUGUCUGCUACCAGCACGGACAUGCAAAGCAUUCGCGCACGGCAAAUGGCACCUAUGUCUCGCCUGGAUGGGUCGAAUGGUGAAGACCAUGGCGCCAAGAACAUGUCUCCCAGCGACUUUGUACAGGUGAUCGUCAAACUUGUGGCUCUGGUCUGUCCUGGUGAAGUCGACGUACCUGCGACCAUAACCAUGGCGUUCGAUCUGCUCUCCUUCAUCCGUUUCCUGGCAUCCAAAGAACCUAUUUUGGUGAAGAACUGCAACGACUUGCAGGUUGAAAGUCCGCUGAUAGCUUUGCCCAUAGACCGUACCGACAGAGAUUGA